AUGUCCCGUCAAGCUCCAACCGCACCGAUGCCCCGAAUGACAGACUCGCAAGCAGGGCCAGGCGCUCCCUCCUCACUCAAGUUUCAAGCGCUUUCGGUGCAGAGCUUUCAUCUCGACAGCCCGCCAUUCACAGGUGCCCCAAUCGGUGGAGCAGGCCCACUCGACGAAGCAGGACAGCGACUAUCGAGCCAGGACUCGGAUCUUUCCAACAACACAGACAUCAGCUCAAAUCAGCAGCCAGAUAGCCCAUCACGCGCAGGUCGAUCUUCCAGAAGAGCAGGUGGGAGCAGUCCACUUUCGAAAGCAAUCAACAUGUCGGAUGACCACGACCCAUAUACCCGCUCCAUGUCGCAGGCGCGUUCGUCACCUCCAGCGUCAUCAGCAAGCUCGUCUCAGCAGCACGAUAGCGUCAAGACACCGACGGCGGAGAGGCGGUCGUUGAUACAGAACGGGAUGACUGAGGCUGGAAACGCCUCAGCAAAUCAGGCGGCAUCACAAAACGACGAGGGGCAAUCACAUUUACGCCCUCAAUGGGAUCGAGAUGUGCCGCAGUGGGAUCUCGACGAGAAGAUGUCGCGCGGUGCGAGCUCUGCCAGCCUUGCCACGCUUUCUCCGAGCAAGUCGGCUAGGGGCUUGUCACCAACGGGCGCAACCACCUCGUCUGAUCGCACGAAUGGCCACCCCGGCACUUCCCAGAGAACAGGCAGCCAUUCGUCCAGCAACAGCCGCACGUCACCCCUGCCCUCCACCUCGGACGACCGACCCGCCUACUCGCAGUUCACCGAGGAUCUCGACGACAAGGAAGACGCAGGCUCUUCUGCCGCCGACCGGGACGAAGAAGUCGACGGUCCUGGGGGCAUUCCUCUCCCCAGCGCCUCCCGCGACGCGCGCGUACCUCAGCAAGGCCAAACAAAAGAAGACUACGCCUUCCCGCGCCACCGCCUCCCCACCAAGAUGCGGGACGAAUCCAAAACCCCACUUGUCAUUGUCGCCUGUGGGAGUUUCUCUCCGCCCACCUACCUCCACCUGCGAAUCUUCGAGAUGGCCAAGGACCAGAUCAUCGAGUCGGGCAAAUACGAGUUGCUCGCAGGGUACUAUUCGCCUGUGUCGGACUAUUACAAGAAGGAAGGGCUGGCAAAGGCGACGCAUCGGGUGCGCAUGUGCGAGCUGGCGGUGGAGAAAACGUCAACCUGGCUGAUGGUGGAUGCGUGGGAAGCGCUGCAGGACGAGUACCAGCGGACGGCGGUGGUGCUCGACCAUUUCCACGAGGAGAUCAAUGGGCAGGCCAACGGCGGUGUUCAACUCAGCGACGGGUCGAGGAAGAACGUCAAGAUCAUGCUCCUGGCAGGAGGCGAUUUGAUCCAGAGCAUGGGUGAGCCGGGCGUCUGGGCAACCGCAGAUCUGCACCACAUCCUCGGCCAGUACGGAUGUUUGAUCGUCGAGAGGACCGGCGCAGAUGUCUGGUCUUUCUUGCUCUCACACGAUCUGCUCUGGAAGUACAGAAGAAACUUGAAGAUCGUCAAGCAGACCAUCUACAACGACAUCUCGUCGUCCAAGGUGAGGCUGUUUGUCAGACGCGGUCAGUCGAUCAAGUAUCUGCUGCCCAACAGCGUCAUCCAGUACAUCGAGAAUCAGGGUCUGUACAGAUUGCCCCCAGACGAGGAUCUCAAAUCGGAACCGGAACAUCCGAACUGGUAG